GGUAAUAGUCUAUACAACAAUUAUAAUAAACGUGAUAAAAGUGCUCAACACAUACGUGUAAAUCACGUAAAACUACACAACAAAACAUCGGAAAUACAGUCAAAGCCGAGAAUAUUCUGUAUGAUAACCACGACAUACGCCAACCACGAGUCCAAAGCCAUACACGUGCGCAACACUUGGGCCAAACGGUGCGAUCGGCACCUCUUUCUCAGCUCCCGAGACAACGCGAGUCUACCGGCCGUACGGCUGUGCGAUACCGACGAUAGGCCUCACCUCUGGUGCAAAACUAAAGAAGGUAUGCGGUACAUAUACGAUAAAUACAUAGAUGAUUACGACUGGUUCCUAAAAGCGGAUGAUGAUUCCUACGUGAUCAUGGAGAAUUUACGCCAUUUUUUAGCUCAACACCAGCCUCACGAGCCCCUGUACUUUGGCUGCAAACUACAGUACCGGGACGUGGUAUACAUGAGCGGUGGGGCCGGCUAUGUGCUGAGCCGGGCCGCUGUCAGACAGUUUGUUACGGCCGGUAUCGGUAAUUUUACCGACAGUAGUCAGUGUUUGGCUGGAACUGACACCGGUGUCGAGGACCUGGAAAUGGGCAAAUGUUUGCAGCAUAUUGGUGUUACUGCAGGUGAUAGUCGUGAUGAUAGCCAAAUGGCCCGUUUCCUGCCCUUUGAUCCGAUGCAUAUGGUUUUGCCUAACAUUGAUAUUAACCAAAUCGCCCCCUGGUUUAAGUCCUACAGUGUAUACCCGCACCGGUCGGGCCCCGGGUGUUGCAGUCCAACACUCAUAUCGUUUCAUUACGUGCCAAUAAAUAUAAUGUAUUUAAUGGACUUUUUAUUAUACCAUGUUAAUGUUAUGCGAUAG